ACCUGGUUUAUGAUUGGUGAAGAUGUCUGUGACGUCUGCGUCCACAUGGUCACUAAAAUAUGCUUUAAGUUGCAAUGACUUGGAUGUUUCUGUCUAAUUUGGAUUUUCCGGAAAUAGACGUAUUUACAACACUAUAAGAAUCGGACGGGUCGUAUGUAGCAAUAUACAUAGAUAAUAUUUUAUUGACGCAUAUAGAACAUUAUAUGUACAAUUAAAAUACUUAGUACCGCUUAUUAUGUUAACAUAAACCUAGAAUAACUCCUCCUUAAUGGAGUUUUUGGAUGGCCUAAUUGCCCUGUACAUUAUUUCUGAGUGGAUGUCUAGAAUAACUAGAAUCAAAUUUAAUACAUAGUAACAUCUACCCUGUGGACAAAAUGACGGAUUACUGGGUUUCAACAAAAAGGCAUUAUUGCGAAGUUUGCAAGUGCUGGGUUGCCGGUAAUACAAUCAGUAUUAAAAAGCAUGAGGCGACACCAAGGCAUAUUUCGUCUCUCAGAAAUAAGAUGAUUGAAUCGCAUAAGAAACAAAUAACCAGACAGAAGCACGAUGAUUUCGUGCAAGAUGAACUCAAACGAUUAAAUGCCAUUACAGUAGAUAACUACAAAAAUUUGGAACAUAUACAACCAACGACAUCCCAAGGGAUCUCAUUUCUACCCGGACCUCACCUUCGCCCUUCGAUUGGAAUUGAAGAAGAGAAGAAAAAAAUAUCGGAAUCUAUAAGUAGGAAACUAUCUGGUGUAAAUGAACCUGAGCAUGCGGACAUAAGCGUGUCUAAAUCAAGAUGGGCUGCUUUCAUUGAUAGUAACGAUGGUACCUUAACAUAUUAUAACAAGUUCACUGGUAUAAAAACCAAAACACGUCCAAUAGAUUUUGACGGAACGCUUCCUAUAUCAUCUACUUCACUUACAUCUAAUUGGACUCUUAAAUAUGACCCUAUAAGAAAGAACAAUUAUUACUAUAAUAGCGAAACAAAAGAAGUGAGAUGGAUCGAUGAAAAUUCAAACGCAAUCCAACAUUUUGAUAAGGAUCUGGACAAAUAUAAUGUGGAAAAUCCAAAGAAUAGCAAACCACAAACCCACACAAAUGAUCUUAGCAAGCCGAAUGUAAAAAUAAAAACAGAAAUUGAUGAUACGUUGAAAAGGUCUAAUGAAUCUGUGGCUAAUCUCUUAAAUAGCAAUAGCAAUGAAACUAAUAAAAAAGUUAAAAAUGAGAUGGCGAUUAGAGAUAAUCAACAUGUUCAACAAUUAGCACCGUUAAUUGGAGAUUGGAAAAUUGUAGAACCUAAAGACAGUGAAUUUUCUCAUUCUAUAGAGUAUUUAGGAUCCUAUUGUACGUCCUCUGAUACAAAAAAUGAGAACCAAGACAAUGAAGAUUCAGUGGACCAAUAUUCAUCAAUCAAUGUUGAUGAUUUAAAACUGAUCAAAAAACCUACAUAUACAAAGAGAAAUAAGUUAGCAUUGGAUGGUAGUGAAGAUUUUGUAGUAAUUCCAUUCGCCAAACGAAAAUUGUUUAAGAGGAAAAAUACUAUUGAUAACUAA